AUGAGCAAGACUGGCAAACUGGUGACAAUGGACAAGGAGAGGGGGAUUCGCGGGGAGGAGAGCGGCGCCGCUCACGCCCGGUGGUGUUUAAUCCCUGGUUUUGACAACUUUGUUUCCCCCCUCUCGCUUGGCAGGGGCUGGGAGGAGGACGCGGGAGUCGCUGCUGUCACGCCGAGAGUGGUGCGAGCCCUCAGGUCCCCCCUGCCGUCCCUCGCCCAGGGCGGGAACAGAACAACUGUUAAUAAAAAUGGAAUUUACCAGUUUGAACAGGCUUCAAAAUGUAAGGCAAUUCAGGACAACAUUUUGUCAUCAUCUAUCAAGAAGAAAAGAUAUUCAGAAGAUUAUUAUCUUCACAUAGUCACAAAACUGCAGAACUGCACCUGGACAAGGAGACCAGAAGAAUCUACAAAAUUCAGGUCAGAAUUAGCUUCCUGCUGUGAUGCAGUUCACAAUUUUAUUGCUUCUCAAAACAACACCCCACUGGGAAGUAACAUGAGUUACGAAGUGGACAGUAAAAAGACCAUCCUCAUUACAGAGGACAUUUUUAAGAUGCUGCCUGUGUCCUCUCCUCUUUCAGCCUACCCCUUCAAGACCUGUGCCGUGGUUGGAAAUGGAGGCAUUCUGAAAAAUUCCAGCUGCGGAGCUGAAGUCGAUCGUUCUGACUUUGUGUUUAGGUGUAACCUUCCUCCGACCACGGGAAGCAUUAGCAAAGAUGUUGGCAAUAAAACUAACCUUGUGACUGUUAAUCCGAGUAUCAUAGCUCAGAAAUACAACAAACUAAAUGAAAAGAAGACAGAAUUUCUGGAGAACAUUGCGGUCUACGGAGAUGCUUUCCUUUUACUGCCAGCAUUUUCCUUCAGAAGCAACACAGCCACUUCUUUUAAAGUGUAUCACACUCUACAAGAGUUCAAAGCAACACAAAGGGCAAUAUUUUUUCACCCCACCUAUCUGAGAAGUCUUGCCCAAUUCUGGAGAACUAAAGGUGUGAAAGCCUACCGGUUGUCAUCUGGUUUUAUGAUCACUAGUGCUGCUCUUGAGCUGUGUGAGAAUGUGAAGCUCUAUGGCUUCUGGCCUUUCUCAAAAUCCACAGAGAAGAUGCCAAUCAGCCACCACUAUUACGACAACCAGCUGCCUAAACCAGGUUUUCAUGCAAUGCCCAAAGAAUACAACCAGAUCCUUCAGCUUCAUGGCAAAGGCAUUUUGAAGUUGCAGUUCGGUAAAUGUGAAUCAGACUAAAAAGGGUGAUGUUCCUAAGGAGAGAAUUUGUGUGUAUCUCAGCAGUUCGGUGUUGAAUUUGAUCUGAUGUAAUUUUGUGAGCAUUAAACUGCAUUGUUAUAAUAGAGAAAUAUUUUACACUUGAGGAGAAAGGAAGUGAUUUUUUUCACACAGUGACUGCUACAUUUCUGAGUUUUGAGUAAUCAUUAUUUAAAUACAAAAUAACAUUUAUUUGGGAAAUUCUGAAACUCGUGACUAUUGGUUUAAUUGUAGCAAAGCACAAUCUCAGGAUGGUGGCAAUAUGUGACA